AUGAACAGAGGUUACCAUCGACCACAGGAAGAUAGAUCGACAUGCACAUUCUACACCAAGAUCGGCGCAUGCCGUCAUGGCGAAAAGUGCUCGAGGAAACACAUCAAGCCCACCACAUCUAGAACCGUGAUACUAUCCAACCUCUACGAGAAUCCAAGACUCAACAAGAACGAAGACGAGUUCAAUCCCAAACAGCUCCAGGAAUAUUUUGACCAGUUCUUCAAGGACGUUUUCAUCAGAUUCUCGGGGAUAGGGAAGGUGGUGGCCAUGGUGGUGUGCGAGAACGAAAACAACCAUUUGAACGGGAACGUGUAUGUGAGGUUCAGCAACACCCAAGAGGCAGACGUGGCCACCGAGGUGUUGAACCAGGACUGGUUCAACGGGCGGCCUGUGCAUUGCGACUUGUCCCCCGUCGAAAACUUUGUGGAGGCCAACUGCCGGGCGUAUGACGACAACAGCUGUACCCGGGGAGACCACUGCAACUUCAUGCACGUAAGGCGGCCCACAAAGGCAUUUGAAGACGGCUUGUUCCGGUCGCAGCAGAAGAGCUUCUUGUUACGAAAGCUCGAGGAGGCCAGGAAGCAGCUGGCGCCCAAGGCCGAGCCAGAAAAGGCGCCUGUGACUGCAGAAGCCAGCGUGGAGGAGCCACCCAAGGAGGAGGCCCAGCCAGAGAGCGCCACCACCAUGAUCCAACAAUUAUUUGCAUAA